AUGUCCAAGGACCCUUAUUGCCACAUGAUGGAUGUACAGACUGCUAAGUCCUUGGCGGCGCGAAGGCGCCUUUGGGCCCUGGGUGCCGCCGGGCUGCCGCCAGCGGCGGGCCAUCGUGGGGGGCCCCUCGGCCUCGCUUUCGGGGGAGGGGCCGCCGCCGCCACACGCAGACAGGCAGCUCCGGCCGUCGCUCGGCCGCCGGACUCACCGCUCCCGCCGGCAGGCGGCCCGCCCCGGCAGGCAGCCCGCCCCUGGCGAGCCCCGCCCCCGCCUGCGGGGCGCGAAGAUCCGGCGGGAGCCCGCGGUCCCGGGCGAGCGGCCGCCCCCCACGCCAGCCCCACCGGGGCCUCCCGCCGGCCCUGCCCAUUGGCUGCCGCGGGCCACCGCGCUGAGGGCCCGAAGGCCUCCGGGCUCGGGGCCCCGCCCCUGUGCGUCACGGGCUGGCGGGACGCCGAUUGGCCGGGCCGCCGCCUCGCUGCCUCCUCGCCCGGCGGUGGAUGUCGCAGCCGCUUUUCACCGUUGUCGUUUGAAAUUCGGCCCAAAAUGGCGGCGGCGGCGGCCGGGAGCGGGGCUGAGGCGGCGGCGGCGGCCAGGCUGGAGGGGGCGGAGGAAGAGGAGGAGACGGCGGCCGCGGCGGGGGAUGGGGAGGGAGACAGUAGCGAGGCUGGUAAGGCGGCGGGCGCGCUGGCGGCAGCCGGCGGCGAGAGCGAGGAGGAGGAGGAGGACGAGGAGGAGGAGGACGAGGACGUGUUCGAGGUGGAGAAGAUCCUUGACGUGAAGACCGAGGGGGGUAAAAUUCUCUACAAAGUACGGUGGAAAGGAUAUACCUCUGAUGAUGAUACAUGGGAACCAGAGGUUCAUUUGGAAGACUGCAAAGAAGUGCUGCUCGAAUUUAGAAAAAAAAUAGUGGACAAUAAGCCUAAACCUAUUAAAAAAGACGUACAGAAACUAUCUCUAAAUGAUGAUGUAUUUGAAGCAGAGUCUGACAGUGACUGGCAAAGCGAAACAAAAGGUGAUGUUUCACCAAAGAAGAAAAAGAAGUCAAAAGAUGGAGAGGAUAGAAGUCCAGAUGAUCUGAAGAAGAAGAAGUCUAAGUCUGCAAAACUCAAAGACAAACCCAGAACAGAGUGUGAGAAUUCCUCAGAUACUUUGGGUUUAGAUUCAAAACCAAAAAAAAGGACUUUAGAAGCCAAGGAGGAUUCAAAGGAGCCAAAGAAGCAAAGGAAGGAAGAUACUAAAGAAAUCAAGAAGAAGAAGGGAGAAGUUAAAGAUUUAAAAAUUAAAUCUGAAGAAGAUUAUAAAGAAAACAAAAAAUCACGGAAGGAGAAGCAUGGAGAUGUUCAGUUUGACUCCGAAUCCAGUACUCUAGAUGAUGUAUUUUUUCAAGGAACUGAUAAUGAAAGUUCAGACUUAAAUUUCGAAAAUAAAGAUGAGAAGCAGAAGGUAGUAAGUGGAGAAGAGAGACUGGAACAAGAAAUUGCUGAAAAAAAUUCCAUUGCUGACAGACAUCUUGAUGGAUCAGCGAGUAAUGAAGAUGAUAGUAUUGAUGCUAAGGUUAAAAGAAAAAAGAAAAAAAUUGAGAAAGUUGAAGAUUAUAAAGAGGAAGGUAGAAAAGUGGAAACUCAAGAUAACUACUUAGAGAAGAAAAGCCUGCACAAAAAGCAGAAAGGUCAAGAAAAAGUAAAAAUGGUACCGGGAGAGUUGGAGAAAGUGUCACCUGCUCCUUCACCAGUACUGAAGCGUUUGAAAUUGACCGCUGAUGAAAGAGGGCACAAGUCUGCCGAUUCAGCUGGGGAGAAUCAAGAGAAAGAAGUAAAGAAAACUGAAACAAAAGAAAAAUCUCAAAAAAAAGAGUCUGAAAAAGAAGAAAAGAGCAGAAAAGAACAGAAGGGCCUAAAAAAUGGCAAGCAACAAGUCUUGAGUUUGGGUAUGGACAUGCAGUUAGAAUGGCUGACGCUAGAGGACUUUCAGAAGCAUCUUGAUGGAGAAGAUGAGAAUCAUGUGUUAACAGAACCGAUAUCAAGUACUCUCCUGAGGGAUGCUGUUAAAAGUGGAGAUUAUAUGACAGUAAAGAUGGCACUUUCUUCAAAGGAGGAAUAUAAUCUGGAUCAAGAGGACUCCAGUGGCAUGACCCUAGUAAUGCUUGCUGCUGCCGGUGGGCAUGAUGACCUUCUCCGUGUCCUAAUCAGGAAAGGAGCUAAAGUUAAUGGUAGACAGAAAAAUGGAACAACUGCAUUGAUACAUGCAGCUGAAAAGAACUUCCUAACAACAGUAGCUAUUCUCCUGGAAGCUGGGGCAUAUGUGAACAUGCAGCAGAGCAGUGGUGAAACUGCUUUAAUGAAGGCUUGUAAAAGAGGGAAUUCUGAUAUAGUGCGGCUUAUGAUUGAAAGCGGAGCAGACUGUAACAUUUUGUCAAAGCAUCAGAACAGCGCGCUGCAUUUUGCUAAACAGUGUAAUAAUGUACUGGUGUAUGAGCAGCUCAAGAGUCAUUUGGAAACGCUCUCAAGGGUAGCAGAAGAUACCAUCAGGGAUUACUUCGAAGCGCGUCUUGCUUUGCUGGAGCCAGUCUUCCCAAUUGCAUGUCAUCGUCUCUGUGAAGGGCCAGACUUUUCUACGGAUUUUAACUAUAAACCUCCACAAAAUGUGCCAGAAGGAUCUGGAAUUCUUCUCUUUGUUUUCCAUUCAAACUUUUUUGGUAAAGAAGUCGUUGCUCGGCUGUGUGGACCAUGCAGUGUACAAGCUGUGGUUUUAAAUGACAAAUUCCAGCUCCCUGUAUUUUUGGAUAGUCACUUUAUUUAUUCCUUCAGCCCUACUGCAGGCCUUAACAAGCUUUUUAUACGGUUGGCAGAAGCUCCUACUGCCAAGGUAAAACUGCUAAUAGGAGCAUACAGAGUGCAGUUGCAGUGACCUCACAGCUGCGAGCAUAUCGAGCGGCCUGACACUUCUUUGGAUAUACUUCCGAUUCCUCUUCAGAGACUGACAAAGCAGUUUGGAACUUUUUGGCACCACACUCUUAAGACUUAAGUUCCCAUCUCGCUGUCACUCGUUGGCAGUCACAUGGGAAGGUAUGUGUUGGAGAGCAGUUGAACACACUGCACUGGUGGGACAGGGUUGUCAGCUUUUUUUUACUUUGUACAGAUGUAGAUGUAAGUAUUUGUGCCAAUACAUAUAAUUCUGUUUUUCUUUAACAUGUGAGUCCAGACUGCAUAUUUCAGCUUUUCCACAAUGUGGAAUGGUGCAUAUAAGAACUAUUUAAGGUAACUACGUGAAAUGUCUUUUUUAAUAGAAUGAUCUUUUCCAUUUGUAAACUAAAAUUUUCUACUUAGACUCUAACUGUAACAUUUCUAUGUAAAAUGCAGAAGUGUCAUAUUCUUGGAGCUGUGGGCAGAAAUUACACUUUGAAGUCACGGCAUUAGGUUUAACCUUGACUUACUGAGGGCUGUGUUCUGGUUUGAAACUGUUCCUGCUACCAUCCAUCUCCCGAUGAGAAAGCAGUUGCACUUGGAGUGAUUCCCUUUGGGCAAACACAGUAAGGUCUGCAGGCGUGAACAAAGAGAUCCGAUAGGCUCAAUUCGCAGAGGUCUACAGUCAGAUUCCUAGUUAUAUCGGUGUUUUAAAACUACUUUUGUAUUAGAGAAGAAACUGAUAUUUUAAACACAUCUUAAUUUUUGAGUUCUUAAUCAAGUGAUAUAUGGGAAAACAAAUACAAGCUGAAAAUAGCAAACCAGAAAACUUGUAACUGCCUGAAAUGUGCAGGCAAUGCUUUUUGUAGACAAGAAGAUGCACAGAAGAUUUCAGGUUCUCAACCUGAUGGAUGAGAACACGUAUUGUUCUUUAGUGGAGAAAUUCAGUUCCUCAGUGGAAAGAGCUGCUAUCUUUUUUUAUUAUUAUUAUUAUUAUUUAAAUGACCUGUUCUAUCAGAUGACAACAGUUCUCUAACGGUCCUGUGCUAUGAUAUACAAAUGUAAUACUUCCACACAAAGUAUAGAAUAUUUUUCUUUGUAUAUUAACCCACAUCUUGAAAAGAAGAAAAAAAAAAAAGGGAAAAAAAAAAACCCCAACCAAACCAACCAGAUUGUGCCUUUGCUGUUCUGGUUGCCAUGUGUAGUUUACAUGCCGCUAUGUGCCUAUAUUAUUAGCAAAACUAUUGUGGAUAAAUUGUUAAUGUAUUUGAGUGCACACCAUUAAAAGGGUGCAGCUGUAUUAAGUAUCCUUUUAAGAACUGUGACUUUUUUAAAUAUAAAGUUCAAUUAACCAGUGUUUAAUUUUUGGUUCUUGAAAGUUUAAAACUUUCAUAUUUAAGAGAUGCCAAAUGAGUAAGCACACCAUUUCAAUUUUGUGGAAUGUCACAUUAAGCUAUAUAAAACUAGAACAGCAACAUGACAUACUCAUUUCUGUUUUGAUUUAGAACAGUUGCCUAUUUUUUUGCAAACAGUAUUGAUGGGAUGUUAACAAGUCUGGGUUUUGCACAGACUUGGCACCUCCACCUCUCUGAAAUAUGUUAGAUACCUCAUUUUGCUGAGUGUGAACACCUGAAAUGCAUGAAAAGGACGGGCUGAGACUCAGGUAUGUCAAUACCAGUACUUGGGACUCAUGUAGCUGUAUUAUUGUGUUUGUUUUUUUUUUUAGUCACUGUGCAUAACCUUGAAAGAUGAGUAAGGACAGGAUAUUGGUGUUUCCUUAUGUUGGAGUGACAGUUUUCACUUACGUGGCUACAGCUUCCUCAGUUUACUCCUGCACUGUACACAUACCGUGUAUAGUGCAUGUGUGGUACGCCCUGUACAGCAUGUCAGUGGUAAAUGUCCAAGCUCUUCAAGGUGGGGACAAAAGGUUUUUGAACUAACGUCCAUAUCAUCUAGAUGCUAUUUAAAAACUGUUGCACAGUCUAAUUGAGAAAUGUCUAGUAAUGCUCCAAGAGUUGACAUAGCAAGUAGUUUGUCAAAGGCUGUUGAUUUUGGGGGUUUGUUUUGUUGGGGGUAGUGUGGGUUUUUUUCUUGAGGCAUUUGGGAGAGAGUGAGGAGUCCUCCAGGACAUGGGGAUAAAAUUUGUGUUCAUGAUGCUUUUAUUAAGGGAUGGAUUUUGCAGCCAUCUUUGUCUUCUAGCUGGUGAUACAAAUUCAGAACCCAUACUGAAGAUGAAUAAAAAGCAUGUGAAAAUGUUUGAA